AUGACGACGUGCCGUCUGCUGUGCGCCCUGUUGGUGCUUGCCCUGUGCUGCUGCCCUUCUGUGUGCGCGGCAAACGCUGAACCGGUUGAAUCUCCGCCCAUGACGACCACGACGACUACAGCACAGGCACCAAUCGUUGACACUAAAGAGAAGCCUGAAGCUACUACAAAGCCCACCAGCCUAUCGUCCACUGUAUCAGAGGGCCUGCAGUCACCCAUGCCGUCAGAUUUGUCAGGUCUUGGGUCCGGUGACGGCCAGGGAAAGUUUGAAGGCGGGGGACCAAUUUCGACCAAUCCAGAUCCGCAAUCAAAUGAAGUUUCGAAUACGACAGAGAAAAAGGGUACUGAAAGCACGACAGGUUCCGAAAGCCGAGCGAGUUCGUCCGCAGAACAAGCAAAUAAGAAUGUCGACGAUCCUGCCGAGACGACCACUACCACAACAAAGGCACCAACCACGAGCUCGACCACUACAACACAUGCACCAAGCACUACGACUACAGAGGCGCCAGCUGUGUCGACCACCCGCGCACCGUCACGUCUUCGCGAAAUCGACGGCAGCCUCAGCAGCUCUGCGUGGGUGUGUGCCCCGCUGCUGCUCGCCGCAUCCGCGCUGGCGUACGCCGCUCUGGGCUGA